AAAAAAAAAUAACUAUUAAGAAAGCAAUAGACUUUAUUACAGAAUCAUGGGACAAUAUAAAUCAACCCAAAAGUGAUAUUCUAUUAGAAAAUAAUGAAAUUAAGGAAAUAGAUACUAAAUUACUAGAUGAAAAAGAAAUACUUGAUGACGAGAGGAUCAUUUCUAUGGUUCAAGCUGAUGAAAAUGAAGAAUCAGUCAGCCAAGAAAUUGAAGAUAAAGAUGAAGUACCUAAUCUAUCUGUAACAGCUGCUAAAGUAUUUAAUGCAAUGCAAACUGUUAUUCGCUAUAAAGAACAGGAAAAUUUAGAGUCAAAUCUCUCCCUCAAAGAACUAGUAUUUUUAAGAAAUUUGUUUAAAGAAUAUAAACAUGUAUAUGAAAAAUCUAUAUUUCCAAGAUUUGUAUUCCCAAGACCCCUAUUCUCAAGAUUCGUAUUCCCAAGAUUUAUAUUCCCAAGACCCUAUCUUCAAGAUUCAUAUUCCCAAGAUUCAUAUUUCCAAGGCUCUUAUUUCCAAGAUUCAUAUUCCCAAAACCUCUAUUCUCAAGAAUCAGAUUUACAAGAAUCAGAUUUACAAAAAUCAGAUUCACAAGAAUCAGAUUCUCAAGAAUUAUGCCUUCAAGAUUUAUAUUUCCAAGAUUUAUAUUUUUUUUAUUCUCAAAAUUC